AUGCUCGUCGCCAAGGCCCUGCCUUUGCUUGUCUUUGCUCUCUCGGCCCUCGCCUCGCCGUUGCCACAGGGCAACCGUGACAACUCCGACCCUGCUCAGCUCCCAGCCGCCCCACAAUACCGCAAGCGCUUCGUUUACGGUGCCCAGGCACUGGAGGGUAGCACCUCCUCCUCCUCCUCUUCCUCCUCGGCUCCGUCCUCCGACUUCAGCAACGACGUUCCCUUUGGCGACGACCUCGAGCAGCAGUUCUCCCAAACCAACCAGGACGGCAACUACGUCUACGAUUCUGCCGACAAUGCCAACUUUGGCGAUUCCUUCUCCCAGAACUUUGUUGUCGAUGACGACAGCAAUUAUGCCUCGGCCCCGAUGGGCGAUGCCCCUUCACAGCCCGGUUGGAUCGAGGACCCCAACGACCAGCCCCAGCAGUCCUCCUCGUCCUCCAGCCAGGUCCACGAAUCGCAGUUCCUGGCCAGCCCUCCUAUGGGCGACGACUCGUCCAAGCCCAACUGGGUCGAGGACCCCAAUGAUCUGCCCGCGCCCAGCUCAAAGUCCUUUGUCGACGCCAGUUUGGAUGUCCCCAUGGGCGACAACCUGUCCUCCUCGACCAACUCCACCAGCGACAACACCCAAGGAGAAAAGCCCUCGUCCUCGACCUCCUACACCACAAUCGGACUGUACUCCUUGGGCGGUGCCUCGUUGGUCGGUGCUGCCGCGGUCGUGGGCUUCCGCUACCGCCGGCAUCUCAAGUACCAGAGCCUGGACUCGGUGCCGAGCGUGAAUGGCUCCCUGCGGCCGCGCAAGGACUCGAAGCGACGCAAGCACGUCAAGACCAAGCUCCGCGAGUCGUGGUCCGCCAAGAUGCUUGCAAAGAUCAACGGCUCCGAUGGAAGUGGUGGAUUCUCUUACAACGGCGGUGUGCUUGGCGUCAAGCCGCGCAGCUCUUCCAAGCCCAUUGAUCCCGACGAGAUCUACGUCUCGGGCAAGAAGCUCAAGUCCAGCAAGAAGCAGGCUCCGCCCGCCAAGACUCUCUGGGCUGCCGACGACAUUGAAGAAGACGAAGCCGACGACAUCAUUGCCCCUCCGGCCAAUGCUGCCAGUCUCUCGGGUGGCUCCUACCAGAACUCUCGACGCGGCAGCCUCGCUGCUCUGACGGCCCUGGCCAAACUCGAUGAAGCCACGCAGAAGAAGGCCCAAGACGGACGGAAAGGCUGA